AUGAACGAGGAGGAAGAUUCAUAUACUACCGAGCUGAAGCAGCGCUGGGGGUUCCUCACUUCGUGGUGGGAGGCGUUAAAGCCCUGUAUCGCGUACGCCUUCCCUGAGACUGCGCGCACCGAAGAGCAUGUCUGGAUCGCCGCCGACAUCGUCCUCGAAGUCACGAUGCCAAACCGUCGAGGCUCUAGCCGAGAUGAAACAACUUUUCGGAAACAAUUCCAAGAGGUACAGGAGGCGCUGGCGCUGCUCGUAGCAGUGGAACACGCAGACCCCCGCGCUUACGUCCAUAUCCUCACGCGUUGUUGUGGACUGGUGAUGGGGAGGUUUGGCGAAGAACUUAAGACAGUUAAUAUCGAGACGCGGUUUUUGCCGGAUGUGGAUGUAGCCAAGUCUGAAAAUCAGACCGAUGACGGGGCUACCGUGUACGAUAUCGUACGAUUUUGCGGUACGCAUCAACGUGAGCACCCCAGCGAGGAAUACCUGGCAGCUUUGAGUCAGAUCGCAGCUCUGAACGAGAAGUUGAAACCAGGAGAGCCUGGCGCGGAUAUUACAAUCCCAGUGAAGUUGCAGUUUUCGAGCGACAUGAAAGGAAUUCCUGCUUGGGCAUCUCGCGAUGACGCCAGUAUGUUUUCAGAUAUCACAAGGGCUGAAAAGGAGAUUGAGACGCAGUGGACGACGUACAAUGAGGAGGAGGAGAAGGCUCUGGAGCCUGGAACACUUCGCUGUACUUUUGUUCUGGAGCCGAUGGCAGCAGAUUUCAACGGAUUAGGCUCCCGCACCGAGUUCGGCACCUCAAUGUCUCCAUGGAUUGCAUGUGCGAUUGGAGACCUGCUGAGGAACAACGCAUCUUUGCAUGUAGUGACCAGAAACGCUGAGCAUGCUCAUAUUUGUUACUACUUGGAGCGUCCUUCGACAACUCAAGAUCGAGCAUUUUCACAGCUGAAAGUUUUGAAACUCACGUGUGAGGCGACAAUGCCGGCUUGGGACUUUGAGGCGAUGUGUUCGGCGCUGGUGGCGACCAGAUCGACGAGGAAGCUUGCGCUGGAACUGGACAUCGACACUGAGGACCCCACGAACCGGAAUCACUGGUGGAAAUGGCUCGCCUACGCUCUGUUCUCUAAGCGAGCUCGUGCUUGCUCCUCACUUAGAACUCUGAUUUUGCCAGAGCUAGGGAGGCUGACUGUUGCUGAUGUACACGCUUUCGCUUCCGUCCUGGCGUCAGAGCACUCUGAGGAAACGCUAUGUGGCACACCUCGUGGGGCGAUUGAGGAGCGAGACGCAACGCUGACGCCUGGCUCUCCGAUUCGGUGGGAGUUUGAUCAAGUAGGACAGCCUGUUGUACACUCUCGGCUUCUUACACUGGACAUGUCUAUCGAGUCCGUGCGGACGUUCAGCGACGACGGCACGAGCGAGUGGUGCCGGCGCUGCAACUUGGAAUUCAAUGGCGAAUCGCGUACAAACAGCAGCCAACUGGGUAUCACGUCGCUCACGCUUGAGUUCCCCGAGUCGGACAUUGCGACGACGGUGAUGGUAGCUCCAUUUAUCAAAGUGAUUGGGCCUUCGCUGACUAUGUUGACACUGAGCGAGCCGCAAAAAAAACGUGCACGUGAUUUCGACGAGAACGUGGUUAUCCAGAGCUGUCCCAAUCUGCUGGAACUGACACUUGUGAGAGACCUCAUUGAAGUACAGCUCGACUUUCGUGAAUACCGAGCGACGAAGACGCCAGUACCCCAGUUGACUUUCUCGUGGUUUUCUGUUCCGAAACUCGUCGGCUACCUGAGCGACCCCGAGAAUCCUCUGACGAGGUGUACCAGACGCCUGAAGGUUUCUCUACAGAAAUGUAUUGUUCCAGUUGCCGAUCUCGAAUCUGGCAGAGCACCAAAUUUCCGAUACUACGUGGAUGCAGUUGUGGAAAUGCUGGAGAAGAACGACAGGCUGGAGUAUCUGUCGGUGGAGUCGCCCUACAUCAGAUACGUUUCAGAUUUCAAAAACUUCCACCUCAAGCCGAUCCGUCGACAGCUCGAGCCACUUCCGAAGAAGUGCAUGCUCGCGUUCUUGAGUGUCCUCGAGUCAAGAACAUCAACGGAUUCAACAGAGAGGAUGGAGGCUCAAACGUCCGAGGCGAUGGUUGGGGAUAUUGAUCAGCAUGUGGUGGCGAAGAGUUUCUCGUUUGCGGCCCUACCCGUUCUCCGCGAAGUUUAUUUCGAGUCGAAUCAGGGGUUAUCAUGUCUGUGGAUGAAGGUGGACAACUACAGUUGCAAGGGCGACACGGACAUUUCUUCCAGGCAGAGCCCUCUCAGCAACCUCAACCAGAUCAUUAUGAUGAACAAGUACUAG